CCAGCGCCAAAAGCUUAUAAAGCUAGCUGUCUAACCAGCAUUAGAGUGUGCCUUUUGUAGGUUGUGAAAGAUUAGUGUACUGAGGUUCAUGGCUACUACCGUUUCCUUUGUUUUUCUUAGGCUUCUUCUCUGUGCUUAUCUUCUUUCAUUAUGCCUUCUUUGCUCCUUGAAGAAUGGCUAUGCUUUUGGAGAGAGAGAAUAUAUAGAGACGCAAGAAGUCAAGAACGAUGAAAAUCAUUAUUAUCAUCAUAAUUCACAUACUAUUCAACUCAACUCUCUUUUACAGUCACCUGUUUGCGAUCCUUCCACCAAAGCGAGUGAAAGGAAGUCAUCUUUGAAAGUAGUCCACAGGCAUGGUCCAUGUUUUAAACAAAAUGGAGAUGAAGCGAACUCUCCAUCUCACGCAGAGAUCCUCCUGCAAGACCAAGCCCGAGUUAACUCAAUUCAUUCUAAACUCUCCAAGAAGUCUCGCCAAGUUGACAGAAAGGACGCAGGCGGCUCCACACUCCCGGCCAAGGACGGUUCCUCGAUGGGAUCAGGCAAUUACAUUAUUACCGUGGGCCUCGGCACUCCAAAGAAAUCUCUGUCACUGAUAUUUGACACAGGUAGCGACGUCACUUGGACACAAUGCAAGCCUUGCGUCAGAUAUUGCUAUCCACAGAAUGACCCAAUAUAUGACGCCUCUGCCUCCAAAACAUAUACCAAUGUUUCUUGCAAAUCAGAUAUGUGCGAUGAGCUCGAGUCAGCCACAGGUAAUUCUCUGGGAUGUGCAUCUUCAACAUGUCUUUAUGGAAUAAGAUACGGAGACAAUUCAUUCUCCAUUGGAUUUUUUGGCACGGACACGCUUACUAUAACCUCUGCAGACGUUUUCAAAAACUUCUACUUUGGGUGCGGCCAAAAUAACCGUGGACUAUUUGGUAAAACAGCUGGUUUGCUUGGUCUUGGCCGAAACGCAGUCUCUGUGGUGUCUCAAACUGCCACAAAAUACAAACAAUUCUUCUCCUACUGCUUGCCUUCGUCAUCCAGCUCAACAGGCCACCUCACUUUUGGCAAUUCUGGUGGCCCCUCGAAAUCAGUAAAAUUUACUCCACUCUCCGCUGUCACUAAGGACACAUCCUUUUACGGCCUUGACAUUGUUGGACUCAGCGUCGGUGGUCAAAAACUAUCCAUUUCCAAGUCAGUUUUUUCAAAUGGUACUAUUAUUGACUCAGGCACCGUCAUAACUCGCCUUCCACCAGCCGCCUACUCCCCCUUGAGCACAGCAUUCCGUAAAUUGAUGGCCGCAUAUCCAACAGCUCCUGCUCUGUCGAUCCUCGACACGUGCUACGAUUUUAGUAAUUAUACUUCCAUCAAAGUGCCAAAGAUUAGCUUCUUUUUCAAUGGUGGGGUUGAGGUUAGCAUUGACGUUACAGGAAUUCUAUACGCGAAUAGUGUGUCGCAAGUGUGUCUGGCAAUAGCAGCCAAUAGUGAUGCAAGCGACGUAGCAAUCUUUGGAAACACCCAGCAGAAGACAAUGGAGGUGGUGUAUGACGGCGCUAGAGGAAGGGUUGGGUUUGCUCCAAAGGGUUGCAGCUAGUAAUUCAGAGUUAUUGAUCAAAAAGAGAAUGUUCUUCAAGUUCGCAGAGGUGUGUUGUUAAAUGGUUUUAUCAGUGAAAUAAAGAAAAAUUAGUGCUCCCAUAACAAAAGAUUAUGUGUUAUAGCUUCAUAAAUAAUGAACUUCAAAGUCAUGUAAAUUUUGGUCAGAGUUCUGCGUGCCCUGCAAUGAAACUAAAUUCUCUUCUUUGAGUUUUUUAAGCA